GUAGUCACGAUGGCUUCUCGAUGAAAAAUUGGAAAAGUAACUUAACUCCACUCGAGGCUACAAAUGUAUUUUUAUAAAACACUCGGGGUAUAUUCUGAAGGUUGUGGUGUCAAACUCGCUUUUCAUUCACGCUAACUUGACCGCGUGCUCCUCGGCCGUGCAACGGAAACUAACCGUGGAUCCGUCCCGCGUGGUUUACUUGUAGAUCGCGGAGAACGUGAUGGAUUUUCCUUGCGUUCAGUGGCAAGAUCAUGUGGCCCAGAAAUGGAUCGGACUCGACCCCCAGCUGAAGGACACGUUAACAUCCCAGCCUGAAAUUGAUGAUCUUUUCAAAUGUGCUCUUACUCUGACAACUCAAGAUGAUCUGGGCUUCUUGGAGUCGAUUUCUUUGGGAUACUGCGCACAAAAGGACGCAGAGCUGGCAGCCAAAUGCAGAGAGAGGGGCAACUCCAGCUUCAAGAGCAGAGACUACGCUGCAGCCGCUCUGCACUAUUCACAGGGCAUUUGUUUUGCUCCUCAAGGUUCGGAUCAGCUGUCCCUGUGCUACGCCAACCGCUCUGCUGCGCUCCACCAUCUUCAGCACCACCAGGAAUCCCUUGAUGACAUUGACCGUGCCGUAAAGAACAGCUACCCCUCUCAUCUUUUACACAAACUAGAGGACCGUCGCACGUCAUGCCUCAAGCACCUCUCUGGAGGUCGACAGGCAAAAGAGGAUCAUCGCCGUCCUGCCUCAAAGAGUCCCAAUCCUCUAGACGGAGUGGAAUUUGGGAUUCGUCCUCGAGCUGCUGUUGGCUUCACUUCGGAGAAAGGUCGACACCUUGUGGCUGCAGAGGGUGUAGCAGCUGGGGAAGUGCUCCUGCAUGACAGGCCGUACAGCUGUGUCCUCAUACCAGGAAUGGAGGAAGCGAAAGGAAAGGGCGGAGGAAGGCGGCACGCGGAGGCGGCGGUGUUGUUUGGAAUGGAGCACAGGCGCUGUCACAGGUGUUUGACCCAAACGCUGUGUCCCGUGCCGUGUGAGGGGUGCAGCUACAGCCGGUACUGUUCCAUUCCCUGCCAGCGAGACGCCUGGGAGGAGCACCACCGCUGGGAAUGUCCGCUGGCAGCGGAUCUGAAGGCGAUGGGUGUGAUGUCACAGCUCGCUCUGAGGGUGGCUCUGAAGGCGGGGUUAAAAAACAUCAAAAUUGCUCGGGUUUCAACCGGAGACGAGCACAAAGGGUCGCAGAGCUCUCCGAACAGAGAGUCCAGUGGUUCCGACCCGCGCCUCUCGAAUCAACCCGAUCCCUGCACCUCAUACCACGGGGACUCUUACCCGAGCGUGUUCCACCUGCAGCACCACCUGAAUCUCCAUGGCCCCGAAGUGCGUUUCCUCUGUGCGGUUACCAUAGCGACACUUUUACUAAAGAUAAGUAAAGCAGGACCCCCGCCCCCCUCCCGGGACCUCGGUAGACUCUUGGGGGCGGACAGCCAAUCACCAGAGAAGGAGGGAAGCGCCGCGGAUUGGAGCGCGAACGUGUGGCUGCUGGGAAGUGCAGUUCUGAGGCACGUCCUGCAGCUGAGAUGUAACGCCCAGGCCAUCCUCGCGCUGCAAGACACAGGAGCAGCAAACUCACCAGUUCAGUCCAGCAGCGAAAUCCGCAUUGCAACGGCAAUAUUCCCAACUCUCAGUCUUCUGAAUCACUCCUGCUGUCCCAACACCAGCCUGCGGUUCAGCACUGGAACCAGUGUGUCAGCUGACUGCAGCGAGAGUGUGACUGAGUACGGAAGCACAGCCCGCGGAGUCACUGUGACUGUCAGAGCAUCCAAAGCUAUCCCUGCAGGACAAGAGAUCCUGCACUGCUAUGGUCCUCACAGCAGUCGGAUGGCAACCCGAGAACGGCAGCGUCUCCUGCAGGAACAGUACUAUUUCCUGUGUCAGUGUGAGGCCUGCACCCAGCGGCAGCAGCAGGAGGAGGAGGAAGAGGCGAAGGGAUCCGAGUCCACACCACAGUGGUCGGGUGUUGGAGGUGGACUUGUGUGUGGGAAGUGCAAAGGAUUUCUCAAAGAAGGAGCAAAAGGAUUCAUAUGUUUGCGGUCAUCCUGUGGCCACCGCGUGUCUGCUCCUGAAGUGAGCCGCAGGCUGCAGGAGAUCAAGGCGGACUUGGAGAAGGCUGUUGACCUCAUGGAAAGGGAGAGGCCAGAUGAGGCCCUGAGACUGUUGAGAAGGACCCAGAAUCAACCUGGGCUGACCCUCGCAGAGACACACCCGCUACAGGGGGAGCUGGCCGAUGCAACAGCCAGGGCCCAUGCUACAAUGGGUGACUGGAAUAAUGCAGCGUCCUAUCUGGAGAGAAGUGCUGUUGCUAUUGCUGCCCAGUACGGGGAAGACAGUAUUGAAUUGGGUCGACAGCUCUUCAAAUUAGCUCAGCUGCACUUCAAUGGCGCCGCCAGAGGCCCGGCCCUCUCUGUCAUCCCCAAGGUCAGACGACUCUUCUGCCUUCACGUUGGCCCCCACUGUGACGAAAUACAGGAGCUGCAAGCUAUGGAGGACUGUCUACGUUAAAGAGUAUGCUUACAUAUGCACAAGAUCGUGUUUUUUAACUGAAAAUAAUAAACAUGCACAAACUUUUCUGAAUGUGAGCACUGGUUAUCAUACUGUUGACUAGCACCUGUGUGUUUAUAUGCUGGUACUAUUAUUCUGAUAGUGUGAUGUUAUACUGUUUCAUAAGUGACCUGCAAGUCUGCACAACCAGCAAACGAACACAGGAGCACGUGCAGUUAAUUCUGGCUCCCUGACCUCUGCGUGUCUGAGUGUGCCCAUCAAUAAUUUCAAUUUCAUGCUUCAGUGCUUGCCCUGAAUUGAGAGGCAAGUUUUCCGCCAGGUACUUCCUGGUCAAAUGUACCUCUCUGAAUUAAACUUUUUGUGGAUUGUGGAUUUUUGUGUUGGUGGGCAUUUAGUUUGAAGCCAUUUAAAGGUAAUUCAUGGGUUUUACUGAAGCAACUAAAUUCAUUUGUAGAAGAUGCAAAUACCUGCAGCUACUUCAUAUACAUAGGUAGACCUCUGACCUUUAGGUGGCAGCAGUUAUCUACCCAAAAAUUCAAUUUCAUGCUUCGGUAACUGGAAAGCAAAAUGUUGCUCUUAGUUUAAACCUUCAAUUGGUUUUAGGUUUUUAUUACUAAUCUAUAUGUCAUUAAAUCUUUAUUGUCCUUGUGUC